AUGUCGUCCUUCUACGAAUUCCGAAUGCUCAACCUCCCAAGUCGCUACCAGAUCAGGAGCAAUGCGCAGGCCAUGUUGAAGGCAUACGAGGACUUCAAGACGGGGAGAAUCGAUGAGGCCGAGCUGGGCCGUCUUAUCCGACUGUCGCCUGAGAAUCGUGCAGCCAUCGUCCAGACCAUGGUUAAAUGUGCCCAAGUGAUGGAAAAGAAGCCAGCAGAGUCGAAGCACUGCCUUGCCAUCAUCGAGACAUGUGGAGAUAUUCUUCUGACGUCGGAUGUGACAGACAAACCUCCCCCAACCGAAGGAUUCCCGUCGUUCAUAAAGUUGCCCAUCGAGAUCCGCCAGCGUGUCUACGAUCUCUACCUCACCCCUCGAUGGACAAAGAUCAUGACUCCUUAUCGAAAGCGAGGUCACUGCAUAUGCGCCGGCCCCGAUACCCUUAACUUCGAGAUCUUCAAGCUCAAGAAGCCGCUGAACGUGGCUUUUACCUCGAAGCAAAUGCAAGACGAGGUCCUGGGAUUCUUUUACAAGUCUUUUAUCUUCAACUUCCCCUGCGCUUGCGAAAUGGGUUGCCAGCUUCGCAACAACCCUUUCCUGAAGUUUCACAUCCGUGCAGUGAAGUUUCACUGGUGCGGUCAACACGCCGACACUGGGAUCACUGAGUUACACACUUGCUCCCUGGAAGCGCUCACCGUCAUCAUUUCUAAAGUCACAACCAGAAACUCCAGUAAGAAAGAGCUGGAGCUGCGGAAAUACUUUGCUCGAGGACGCUCUGCUAGCGGACUACCUGAAGCUCUUGGGUUCGAGGAGCUAUCUGCGAUUCGCGGAGUACCGACCGUCGAGGUCGAACAUGUAUCAACGAAAAAGGCGGGCACACGCUCGAGUGAAGACAAGAUGAAUCUGACGCUGUGGCUGCAGGCCAGAAUCAAGGAAACCCGUGAUGAUGACUAAUGUUAGAGGGCAUGGCACUUGAUGGAAGAAUCUGCAACACGCAGCCUCUAGUGAUUGCGUUCUAUACCAGGAGGCGUACUGAAUUUAGGGACAUUACUGGCGUAUGGGUUUGUAAAUUCGAAGCAAUGACCUAAACGAUUGCAUUUGAGAUUGGUCUGUGUUCAAUAACCAGGAAAGG